GGUGAUCACAUCUCCUCAACCCGGGCGAGCUAACCAUAGAAUAAGGCGGCCGUAAAAUCUUCCCUCGGAUAUUCGUUUUCUGACUGGAAAUGGCCACUUUACUCUCACAAAUCCAAUUCAAACUGACACACACCGCGACAACACCUCACCGGCGGCGAACAGUUCCUCCACGCGUCGCCGGAAGCGUCGCCGUAUCAGUAUCCUCGCCUCAGCGGCGAAGGAGGGGGAGAAAGCCUCAAACGAGGAAUCAUCCCAAGACGGCUGAGGAUGAUGACGGUGGCGGCGCCUUGAUGGAUUCCGGGACUGAGAAGGGGCUCAGGCUUGUGUUCAUGGAGGAGCUAAUGCAGCGUGCUCGGAAGGCUGACGUUUCUGGUGUCUCCGAAGUCAUAUAUGACAUGAUUGCUGCUGGACUCUAUCCCGGACCUCGCUCUUUCCAUGGACUGGUCGUUUCUCACGUCCUCAACCUCGACGAGGAGGGAGCUAUGCAUGCUCUGAAGAGGGAGUUGAGUGAAGGUCUACGGCCUGUCCAUGAAACGUUGGUGGCAUUGAUUCGUCUGUUUGGGUCAAAGGGACUUUUCACAAGAGGCUUAGAAAUUCUUUCAGCAAUGGAAAAACUGAAGUACGACAUUCGCCCCGCCUGGCUAAUUCUUGUGGAGGAACUUGUACGAAGCAACCAUCUGGAAAGUGCCAAUAAGGUGUUUCUAAAGGGUGCUGAAGGUGGGCUUAGAGCUACUGAGCAGAUUUAUGAUCUUUUAAUUGAAGAAGAUUGUAAGGCAGGAGAUCACUCAAACGCAUUAACCAUUGCCUAUGAGAUGGAGGCUGCUGGAAGAAUGGCUACCACUUUCCAUUUCAAUUGUCUUUUGAGUGUGCAGGCUACAUGUGGCAUACCUGAAAUUGCAUUUACAACCUUCGAAAACAUGGAAUAUGGAGAAGACUUUAUGAAGCCCAAUACUGAGACGUAUAAUUGGGUGAUCCAAGCAUAUACAAGGGCGGAAACUUAUGAUAGGGUGCAAGAUGUUGCUGAGUUACUUGGCAUGAUGGUUGAAGACCAUAAACGUUUGCAACCUAACAUGAGAACUUAUGCUUUGUUGGUAGAAUGUUUUACCAAGUAUUGUGUCAUACGCGAAGCCAUUCGACAUUUCCGAGCGCUCAAAGGUAUUGAAGGUGGAAUUAGACUAUUGCAUAAUGAGGGGAAACAUGGCGACCCACUUUCAUUGUAUCUUCGCGCUCUUUGUAGAGAAGGAAGAAUUGUUGAAUUACUAGAAGCUCUGGAAGCUAUGGUAAAAGAUAACCAGCCGAUUCCGCCGAGAGCAAUGAUUCUGAGCAGAAAGUAUCGUACUUUAGUUAGCUCAUGGAUUGAGCCUUUGCAAGAAGAGGCUGAACUUGGAUACGAGAUUGAUUACAUAGCCAGGUAUGUUGCAGAAGGUGGACUUACUGGUGAGCGCAAAAGAUGGGUUCCACGGAGGGGUAAAACUCCUCUAGAUCCUGAUGCCGAAGGAUUUAUUUAUUCCAAUCCCACAGAAACCUCCUUUAAACAAAGGUGUCUUGAAGACUGGAGGACACAUCACAAAAAGCUUUUGAAUACCUUACACAAUGAAGGACCUGCCAUAAUGGGAAACAUAUCUGAAUCUGAUUACUUACGUGUUGUGGAAAGACUGAAGGAAAUUAUUAGUGGUCCCAAGCAGAAGGUUUUGAAACCAAAAGCUGCAAGUAAAAUGGUUGUGUCUGAGCUAAGGGAAGAACUAGAAGCACAGGGACUUCCAAUUGAUGGAAAAAGAAAUGUGCUCUACCAGCGAGUGCAGAAAGCAAGGAGGAUAAAUCUUUCAAAAGGACGGCCACUAUGGGUUCCUCCGGUUGAAGAGCAAGAAGAAGAGGUCGAUGAAGAGAUAGAUGAAUUGAUAUCUUGUAUCAAGGUGCAAGAGGGAAAUACUGAGUUCUGGAGAAAACGUUUUCUGGGAGAAUGCUUAAAUGGAAAUAACAGCCAGCAAUUGGAAGUAAAAACUAUAGAACCUCCUGAUGUCUUGGAUGAUGAUGGUAUUGUUAAUGAUGGCAAAAAUGUUGAAGAUGGUGAGACAGAUGAUGAUGAUGAUGAUGAUGAUGAGGAGGAGGAGGAGGAGGAGGAGGAGGAGGAGGAAGAGAUGGAUCUAGAAGCAGAGCAAACUGAAGCCCAGGUAGAAGGAGGUGAUAGGCUCAAAGAUGGAAAAUCUAAAGCGGCCAGCCCUCUUCAAAUGAUUGGAGUACAGUUGCUGAAAGAAUCCGAACAAACAGCUACUUAUUCAAAAAAAACAAGAAGGUUUCGACUUUCUGAACCAGAUGACGACGAUGAAGACUGGUUCCCAUUGGAUAUAAAUGAAGCAUUAAAGGAGCUGAGGGAAAGAAAGGUUUUUAACGUGGAAGAUAUCUACACAAUUGCUGAUGUUUGGGGUUGGACAUGGGAAAAGGAACUUAGGAACAAAGCUCCUCAAAGAUGGUCACAGGAAUGGGAAGUCGAGUUGGGAAUCAGAAUAAUGUCUAAUGUUAUAGCACUGGGUGGAAAACCCACAGUAGGGGAUUGUGCUAUGAUACUGCGUGCUGCCAUUCGAACUCCCAUGCCUUCAGCUUUCUUGAAAAUUCUGCAGACAACACACAGUCUUGGCUAUGUAUUUGGCAGUCCUCUGUAUGACGAAAUAAUAAUGAUAUGCCUUGAUCUCGGAGAACUUGAUGCUGCCAUUGCCAUAGUAGCAGACUUGGAGACCGGGGGAAUCACGGUUCCAGAUGAAACCCUUGAUCGAGUAAUUUCUGCUAGGCUCUCAAAUGACAAUCCACUAAAUGGUUCACAAUAACUUAAUGCCCUUGUGUUGUUGUUGUUGUUAUUGUUGUCGUUGUCGUUGUCGUUGUAUUGUGGUUGUCGUUGUCGUUAUUAUUAUGCUUAUUGUUAUUAAUGGUGGUGG